UUUGCCGUAUAGGCUACCAGUUAUAUUUUGAGAUCAGUGGAUAGAAACGCGAUUUCGUCGGACUUACGGCACAAGAUACUAAUUUGGUCGCACGUGAAUUAAUUUUUUAUUGCUUUAAAAUGGAUAUAAGCCAACAAAUCGAUAAUUUGAAAUUUUCAAACAAAGAUAAAAUUAUAAAAGAUGUAAAAACUGACGACACAGCAAACAAUUAUGUUAAUGAUUCAUCUGUGGAAUUGUUAUGGGCAAUGAAAGCUCACAAGCAUGCUGAAGUCUACAUGAAGCUGUUGAAGGCAGUUGACUCUUCCAAAGUUAAGCUUACAAAGUAUGAUGAUUUGAUAUACCGAAUGUUUAAAAAAGACUUCAGUGAUAUUAAUGUAGAACAAUUGGAUGAAGAUAUGUUUAAAAGCAAAACAGCCAAGGAAAAAUGGCGUCCAUUCUGCGAAGAUUUCAAAGGGAAAAUUGAAAGUUACAACUUUGGAACACUGAUAAGGAAGAAUGUCCACGAGGAUUAUAGCGAAGAUAAUUCUUUUUUAACCACAAGAAUCCAGUUUUUAGCGGUGGAAAUUGUUCGUAAUAGGCACGGGCUAAAUUCAUUUUAUAAAAAUGUCAAGGAAUCGCAAAUUAGUUCAGAACCUCUGCCUGCAGAUUGAAGAAUUUAGGAGAUAAACGUGAUUAAAAAAUAUGAACGUGAUUAAAUUUUGUAGUCUUUACUUUUUUUAUAGUUUUCAAAGCAACACCUACGAAAACAAA